UAGCACCAUUCCAAAUGGGUAAGACCACCCAAACAUCUGGACCGGAUGCAAGCACACCUGGUCAAGCAUGAUAUGAACUAUAAUUCAAAACAGCUCCAGUCGAAUUGUUGAGGUGGGUUUAACAGCUAUCAAGCUGAUAAUGGAACAUGCCUGUACCCUUCCAUUAACCUCUUCCUCAUCCUCCUUCCAUUAUUUUUCACCCAGAAAGUGCCUGGUUCCUCACUUUAAUUUAUGUUCUACAGUAGGCAGGCCAUCAAAGGACAAAUUAGCUAAAAGGCCUUUAGUUUCUGGCUGUUCUCAUGGGGAUGAUUUGAAGUUGUUGAGAAGAGGCUUGCUGAAGAGAGUUGGAGCAAUUGGUAUUGUAUUGUGUGCUUCUGUGCUGACUGAAGAACCGGUGAAAGGUAUGGAAAGGCUUCCAUUUAAGCCAGAAGGUUAUAACUUCUGGACAUGGCGUGAUCACCAAAUACAUUAUGUGGUUCAAGGAGAAGGUCCUCCCAUUGUUCUGAUUCAUGGAUUUGGAGCCUCAGUUUUCCAUUGGAGGUAUAACAUUCCACAGUUGGCAAAGAAGUUUAAGGUUUAUGCAGUAGACUUGUUGGGGUUUGGAUGGAGUGAAAAAGCUAUUAUUGACUACAAUGCUUUAGUGUGGAGCAAUCAGGUUGCUGAUUUCUUGAAGGAAAUAGUCAAAGAACCAGCAAUAUUAGUGGGAAAUAGUCUAGGGGGAUUUACUGCAUUGAUAACAGCAGCAGAUUGCUCAGAAUAUGUUUCUGCAGUUGCAAUUUUAAAUAGUGCAGGCCAGUUUGGCAAUCCUGAAGAUCAGGCUAAGAAUGAUAAGGAAGAAACAGCUAUCCAAAGAAUUAUAAUUAAUCCUUUGAAAAAUUUGUUUCAGCGUGCUGUACUUAGCUUUGCAUUUUGGCAAGCAAAACAACCAUCUCGUAUUAUGUCUAUCUUGAAAAGUGUAUAUCCAAAUUCAACCAAUGUAGAUGAUUAUCUUGUUGAAUCUAUUAUAAGACCUGCGGAUGAUCCCAAUGCAGGAGAAGUUUAUUACAGGUUGAUGACACAAUUUAUGUUUAAUCCAUCAAGAGUUACACUGAACAGUAUUUUUGAGAAACUUUCUUGCCCACUUCUUUUGCUUUGGGGAGAUUUGGAUCCUUGGGUGGGUCCAAGUAAAGCCAACAAGAUCAAGGAGAUAUAUCCCAAUUCUUCAAUCAUACAUUUGCAGGCAGGACAUUGCCCACAUGAUGAGGUUCCAGAACUUGUAAAUGAAGCCUUGCUAAAUUGGGCAUUGCCGUUGAGCUCUCAAGCUUCAACUAAAACAAUAUAGUUUUUCUUGUUGUCAUAUUAGAGCAUACCACCUAUUGUGUUUAGCCGUAAAUCAACCAGCUUUUUUGAAAUAUUUUAUAAUGUUUUCCAUUUUAGUGGCAGUUUUUUUGUUGACAUUCCUUCUGCUUUAACAUAUUUAACUGAUAUUUUAUGACUCAUUUAGGUUGGCCUCAUUAUGUGUUGGAGUACCGUGCUAAAUUAAAGAUCUCUUCUACUUGUAGAA